AUGGCGGGUCCGACUCCAGCUAAAGUAAGAAAGGGUAUUCCUGACCGCUGGAUGUAUUGCCCGAAAGUUGGAUCGGUAACAACGUAACCAUGAUCGUGAAAUUCUAAGUUCACUAACUUCAGCUCAUCAUGGAUCUUUUCUUGCCUUUCAAAACUCCUCUUUGUGCGCUAUAUGAUCCCGAAAUCAGUGACAAAAAACUGCGAUUUCACCCCGAAGACGUCAUGAAUCACGUGAACUUAGAUGGAAAGAAGGUCGGCCUCUGGAUCGACCUCACCAAAACAGACCGAUAUUAUUUCUCUGACGAAGUUUCCGUAGCCGUCUUUAUGUUUUCAACAAUGAUCCGUUAUUCAGUUUGCACAGCAAGGAUGCAUAUAUAAGAAACUGCCGCUCGCUGGUCAUAACGCGACUCCAACUCCAGAAGAAACACAAACCUUCAUCGAUAUUGUCACUAAGUUCGAAAAAGUUAGCUACAUCGACUAAGAGUAGUUUCACGUUUAAAUCAUUUCAUUCAGGCUAAUCCAGGCAAGGUCGUCGGCGUCCAUUGCACUCACGGCUUCAAUAGAACAGGCUUCUUGAUUGUCGCCUAUUUGUUCCAUUUGGUUUUUCCAGUGAUUGAAGACUUUCAACUCUUUUUUAUUUAAUAGGGCUGGGCUCUGGACGCGGCGGUCGGUGAAUUUCGGAAGGCGAGACCAGAUGGAAUCUACAAACAGGAUUAUAUCGACGACCUUUUCAAGAGGUUCGGCGACGAGGACGACGACAUCAUUCAGGUAUGCGCCGUUUUUUUUCCCAUUAAAUAAUCACAAAUUCGUGUUUGAAAAACGAGUUCUACUGUUUUGAGAGAAAGCUUGAACUUCACUUGGUAUUUUGUCUUUGAUCUACUUUGGAUACAAAUGAUAAUAACUUCAAACUGUAUUUAGUCGCCUGGCCGUCCACUCUGGGAAAACGGAGAUCCCGGUUCUUUCGAAGCUUCUAACGGAGACGGAGCUUCAACUUCCAGGCAGCAAAAAGCCAGCGGUUCCUCAUUUCUCGAACUUUCAUUUCUAUUAAAAAUAUGUUUCCAGGCAAACAGUUUAUGGACGGCCGCGUGGCUCAUGUUUAUUUGUGUGAAGACGACGUUAAAAAGAAAAUGUUGCAGUCAAAGGUUUGAAUCGAAGUUGAUUUCCUUCUUUCAAGGAAGUUUUUUACAGAUCAGAGAACUCUGCGGUUUCCGAAAACAAGGAUUUCCGGGUCUCCAGCCAGUCUCUCUAUCUCGUGAUAAUCUGAAGAUGUUGGCGAUGGAACCUUAUAAAGUUUCUUGGAAAGCCGACGGAAUGAGGUUUGAACAAAAUGAAGUUGAAUUUUCUUUAUCUUUUAUGAUCGAGUGAAAUAGAAAUACGGAUGGAUGAAUGAGAUUUUUUUUUUCAAAACUUACCUCUAAUUUCAUGAAAAGAAUACACUGAAAGUACCAGCUCACUUAAAACUUUGCUGAAAAUUUUGAAACUGUUUUGAUGAUUGAAAAUAACAAGAACAUAUCUAUUAAAUAAGUAAUUUUUUUUUGAAAACCCGGGACUGAUAAAGAGGAAUGUAAUUAUGUUUUCUUUAUAUUUUUCUUUCCAGAUACAUGGUGUACAUCUACGACAAGAACGAGAUCUACGCUUUCGACCGCGACAACGAAGUCUUCGAAAUCUCGAACCUGCAGUUCCCCGGCAGGAAAGGCGGCCACGUACGGAACACCCUCGUCGACGCCGAAAUGAUCAUCGACAAAGUUCGUUUUUUCACUGUUUUUAAAGAACUCUUUCUGUUUAUUCUCAACUAGAGAACUAAUCAAUUUUUAAUAAUCUUAUAUACGUAUAUUUAAGGUCGAAAUUAAUGGCGUUGUAAAAGAGUUGCCGCGGCUUCUGAUUUACGACAUUAUACAGUUUCAAGUGAGUUUCGUGUUAUCUUGUACCUUCUUCCAUGUGUAUUUUGGUUAAGGAGAUCAAUAUUGCCAAGCAAAAUUUCGACAUCCGAACGGAAUGUAUCCGCAGAGAGCUGAUUUUCCCGCGAAACGAGGCCAUGAAGGUUUUCCGAGAUCUUAACUUUCGGAGCUGAAGAUAAUUCUGCAGAGAGGACAGCUCGACCAAAAUUCGCAGUCAAUGUCCGUACGAAUUAAAGAAUUUUGGCUCAUUGAGGUACAAAAAUAAACGACAGUUUCUCCUAUUGAAUUUUUAAAGGCGGUGGCCAAACUUUUUGAGCCAAAGUUCACUCAAAACGUCGGCCACGAGAUCGACGGCCUCAUUUUUCAGCCGGUCAACCAGGUUUUGAAAAAAGAAUUGUUUUGUUUUCAACUUUAGCUAUUCGAUUUUAGCCUUAUUCGGCCGGACGUUGCGAUACUGUGCUCAAGUGGAAACCUCCUUCUCACAACUCGGUCGAUUUCAAGCUUCAUAUCGAGAAGUAAGUACCAUCUGGAAGGGCCAGGUCUUCUGAGAAAAGUUCAAAAAGUGCUAAACUUUCCCAUGUUUUCUCAGGGUAUUUCCCAGUUAAGGCACAGAACAAAAAAAUUUUUUUUUAUGUAAUAGGUUGAUUCACAGUAGUUGAUGCUCUUUCCAGAGUUCAAAAGGAAGGAUUCUUACCCGAGUACAAAGGACUUCUGUACGUUUUGCACUCGGAUCAGCCCUUCGGAUUCAUGAAAGCGACGAACACUCUGAAGAAAUACGACAACAAAAUCAUCGAGUGCACUCUGAAAAUCGACCACGAAGGAAGGGUGCGGGAGUUUUGAGGGAUGCCUCGAGAAAGUUCCUUUUGCAGCCCAUGGAAUGGGUUUUCAUGCGAGAGAGGACCGACAAGUCCGCGCCCAACGCCUUCACGACGGCGGCCAACGUCGUCGAAACCAUGCUCCAUCCCAUCACCAAAGACUUUCUUUGCACGUAAGUUGCGCUCGUGGAAAAAAACCGGCUUUUUAAGUUCAAAACUUCUAUAUAACAUGCUUCUCAUUGUUUCUUCUCUCUGAAACUCAUUAAAACCGUAGCAGAGAAAAAAUAUUGAAUCGCUAUCAGUAGAUGUAGAUGACACUGGCUGAAGUUAACGGGUGUAAUUUUCGAGUUUUAUCCGUUUCCAGUACUCGCUUUAAUUUAGUAUUACAACGGUAUGAAAUAUUGAUGGUUCAUACUGUAAAUAGUUGCUUGAAAUAUAAUAUACAGAUAUACAUCGCUACGGUGAAGAAAAAGGGGUAAUUCCGCAUAAAAAUCAAAAAGAGGUUUAGAAUUACUUAGGAAGGCUUCAAUUUACCAAUCUACGGAGAAUGGAGUAUACCUUUGCUGUGCAGAUUGGGAUUUUCUAGACCUUUUUUUUUUGAUUUCUAGACUUCAAACCAAAAUAAUCUUCCUUGUGAAUAUAAUCAGAAAUAUUUCAGAUUCAUCGCCAAACAGGGCUUCAAACUGUGUGAGAGAAGACGCGACGCCGGAGACGAACCGCCGCAAAAACGCCCGCGUUAA